CUCAAAAAAAAAAAACACAACAAAAUCGCAAAUCGCAAACGGCAAGCAGCAGGAACAAACUGAAAUCGCAAAUCGCAAGCAGGAAGAGAACUGGAUUGCGGACUUUUAUGUUUUCUGCAGCUUCAGUCCGAGGAGCAAAACAUGGGUUUUCCUUCACAUUCAAUAGAUAUAGUUUAUUCUGGCUAUGCUUAGUUGAAGAUGUUCCGACCGUUGCAUCAUCCCCCAGCAUAGCAUCUCGAUCUUUUACUCAAUACAAGUCCAUACAUCCAAGAACUUACAGGACACCGAGACAUGAUUCAAGAGCGCCCCCUGCAUGUUCUCCAUCAGCGCUUGUUCCACAGCAGAGAUCAAAUAUCAUUCGAAGCCAUGGUAAUCAGGGAAACUGGCUACCUUCCAGAUACACAAGUAAUGAGUCAGUUGAACUGAAGACCCAAAAUGAUGUUGUACGGUUCUCGCUAUACAAGCCUGAUGAUAUUGGUUCUGCGAAUAAGAACCAGAAUAAAAAGAAAAAAUCAAGAAAGGCCAAGCUAAAUGAGCUCAGAUUCUUUCGUUUGAAGGCAAAACAAAAGAUGUAUUCUCCUAAUCCAGAAGUUAGGAUUCGCUAUAAGCUUGAAAAGGCCAAGCGAAAGGAAACAUGGUUGAUCGAAAAACUUAGGAAAUUUGAUGUACCGAAGCUCCCAACAGAAACAUUUGAUCCUGAAAUUUUAACUGAGGAGGAGAGGCAUUACCUGAAGCGCACUGGAGAGAAAAAGAAACACUAUGUUCCAGUUGGGAGACGAGGAGUGUUUGGUGGGGUAGUUCUAAACAUGCAUCUUCACUGGAAGAAUCAUGAGACUGUAAAGGUUAUAUGUAAGCCUUGCAAACCGGGUCAAGCUCAUGAAUAUGCUGAAGAGCUUGCUCGACUGAGCAAAGGCAUUGUGAUUGACAUCAAACCCAAUAGUAUUAUCAUUUUUUACCGUGGGAAGAACUAUGUACAGCCAAAAGUAAUGUCACCUCCAGAUACAUUAUCAAAAGCAAAGGCCUUGGAGAAAUAUCGGUAUGAGCAGUCCCUUGAGCAUACUAGCCAGUUCAUUGAAAGGUUGGAGAAAGAGCUUGAAGAGUAUCACGAACAUGUUGCAAAGUUUAAAAAAGAAAAAGAGGACACAACUUAAGAUGUCAGAGUGUACAUUAAUAUGUUAUUCUCAAUUUGUAUAAAUGAUGGUUGAUUUAGUUGGUUAGUUUUUUUUUUUUUUUUUUUUUAUGUUUUUGCAAAUAACGUUGCUUGAGUUAGCAAUAAAAAUGUUGCAAGAAAAUUCAUUUAUGUUGUUUCUUAAGCCGACCCCACUUAGUGGGAUAAGACUUUGUUGUUGUUUUGUAGAAGAAAAAUGCUAACAACAUGCUUUUUAA